GCGGGGGAGCCAAUCGCAGCCGGCCUGCAUGCCCACGAGCGAGCCGGGAACUUGCAAGUAAGUGUGCGACUGUGGGUUAGGGGAGCGGCAGAGCUUUUGGGGAAAGGCGGCCGGGAGGGUCGGGAUGCUUUGGGAAACCCCUGGCCGGCACCGAAACGCUGGAGAGCACCCCUGGGUGUCCCUGGAAGUGGGUGAGGGAGGGGAGGUCUGUUGCUUGGAGGAGGGGCAGAAUCAGACACCAGGAAGAGUUAAAUGUUGCACCCCAGAGUUGUUGUUUUCCAGUACUUAAAAAAAAAAACACAACUCCAGAUUUCAAGUUCCCCAUGAGAUGCAAAAUGAUGCUCGUCUUCACAUACCCUGUGAAAAGUCUGGUGUUCAGUUUGCUGGAGAAUCUGCCAUCUGCAUCUGCUGCUCAGCUAAAAAGGGAUUGUGGCUUUUGGAGGGAGGAGGGAUUCUUAUAAAUGGGUUUUUGGAGGAAGCCCCUUGGAUUUAUUCCAGCUUCUUGGAGUCUGGUGGUACUGAUCUGCAAACCCAAAGACUCUGUUUCGCUCUGUUGUGUUAGAAAUGCCAGAGCUGUGCUGCAGGGGUACCUUAGGAGUACUGCAGGUGGAAAUAACUGCAGGCUGAACUUAAUGUGGGAAACUGGUAGCAUCUUUGCUGGCUAGACAGCUAUCUAAGCCUGGUGGGGGUUUUAUUUUGCAGAAGUGUUUCCGGAAAGCUGUAGAUUCACCCUCAAGGUGUGAGUUCAAGAAGGGAGCUUUCCAGUAAUUUUUGCAUGCCCAACCUGUCAUAUAUCAGCUGUCUGUACUGGAGACCUGUUCAUUCCUGGGUCCUUCUAGCUAUAUAGGCCUAAUUCUCUGUUACUAUUAUCUUACUAAUAUAGACAAUCAUUCAAUUAUGCAAGCCACCCCCUGUGGCUUCAAGUGGUACGGCUCAGAUGCAGGUAAACCUGUGUCUGGGCUGUACCACCUCAAGAUGCAGAUAGAGGCUGGCAUAAUUGAAUGCCCAUCCAUAAAAGCGAAGUCUAGCUAAGCCUUCUUGCAACUAGUUUUCUAUAGGCAUGGAAGGUUUUUGAAGGAAGGAGCAUUCCACCAUGUGAUUUUCCCUCCUGUUGUCUAUACAUCCUAGAUCCAGUUUGCCCACCCCUAUAAGAACAGACCACUAGAUGUGCCUUACUCUGUUAUCCCUGCAGAGACUUUUGGCUAAUAGUGAGGCUUAUUUGUCAUCUUCUUAAGUGUCUACAUUAGCUAAUGUCUUGCUUUUAUGUUCUGCUGACAUGGCUGAGUGAGCCCUGACCGGGAAAUGAAACAUUUGCAUGCUUUUGUUUUGUGCUGAAUUGCUUACUUGGAAGUACAUCUCAAUUGCCUGAAUGGCACUUGCUUUCCAAAUUUGUCUUUAAAAUCACAGCCUAAAGCUCAGAAAGUCUUUUGUGUGAUGCAAAUGUUUACUCCCAAAUAAAGUGAGAUGGUGUUGUUUCAACAAGGCCUGCAUCACAUGCAGGCUUGCUUCAAGUAAGUACCAUUGGACCUGCUGAGAUUUACUUCUGAGUAAAGCAACACAGAAUGUGGCUUUAGACUUCGAAGUCCAUAAAAUUAAUCUAGGCUGCAAAAAAUUAUACUAGCCUGCUAUGAGUCUCCGUGCUGACCUAUCAAGAGAGGAAGCCUAUCUUCCAUCACCUGCAUGGAAAUGCAGGCUUGUGGCUUUUUGGCUGGCUAGUAAAAAAAAAGAUCUACCAAAUAGACUGGCAGGGGAGUGAUGGAGCAAUCCACCCCUCCUUUGGCAGCUGUCUGUAUUUCUGUGAUAGUUGUAGAGAAAAGGGCAUCCCUCUCUUUGUGAUUUGCACAGAAAGGAAGUAGACUGUGGAUAAAUCAUUUCCUCUUCCACCAGCCCCCUUGUUUGCCUGCAUGGAAUUCCUGGUCACCUGUGGCUGCCACACAAGUUGCUAAAAUACAAGCUAACUCCAUGCAGUGGUGCAGCUGGAGCUGGACUUGCAGGCAGACUUUUUUGGUAGAGCAAAACCCAAACACGUCAGGUGUGCAGAAGAAAAAACAUUAAUUGCGUUAUUCAUAAACUCCAUGCUUCUCUAAAUAGCCCUGUCUCCCAGAUAAGUCCAGGAUCUAAAUUUGUGUGGCUGUUCCACUGACCCCAUGUCAGUUCAAAAACCCAGGGACCCGCUGGAGGUGUCUGUCCAUAUGAGACAAAUUAGAACAUGAGAAAAUCCCUGCUAGAUCAAGCCAGAGGUUCAUCUAGUCUUGCAUCCUAUUUUCACAGUGGCUGACCAAAUGUCUAUGGGAAAUUUACAAGCACUCCCUGCACUUCUGAGUCCUAGCAAUUCAGAAGCAUACUGCACCCAUCUCUGGAAGUAGAGCAUCGCCAACGAGGCUAGUAGCUAUUGAUGGCCUUUUCCAUAAAUGUUUGCAAUCCUCUCUACGUGUUUGUUUGGAAACAAGCCUCACAUACAUAAAUGAUGUUUCCAAGUAAGUGGGUAUAGUACUGUAGCCUACAAUCAUUUCCCAAAACACCUGUAUUUCUCCUUAGGGAGGAGAACAUACAAACAACAAUACAUAUAAACAAACAGUUCAGCAAUAGCGGUAUGUACAUCCUUCUAAAAGGGGCCUGUUGUAACUGGGAGAACGGCACGUUUGUGUUCCUAAGCUAAAUUGAUAGUUUACGUGAUCGGGGCCACUUGCCAAAUAACUCUCUGAAGGUCAGAAAACCAAUUAAAGGGGAAAGAAUAACCUCUGCUGUGCCUGUGAGGUUUUAACUGGCGUGGGUUCUCUUUUGGCAGCAGAAGCAGAAAGAAAAUAAUGGCUGGUAAUGACGACCUCUUAAAGAAUCUACAGAACAACUUGCAAGAGCUGAACAAUCUCCGCUCUAGGUAUUACAUAUCAGCAAAACGUACCUUGUCUGCAGGGGCCAAGUCACUGCUUCGUGACCAGCAACAACUGCCAAGGGAGAAUAUGAACAUCCAGCCGUUUGCUCCUAGAAAGAGCAUUCGCCACCGUAACCCCUACUGGCCUGAUGAAGAAAUCCGGACCUUCAUUGAGAUCUGGGGCGACGACCAAGUCCAAGCCUCGCUGGCCACCAAUUUUCGCAACGAGGCUCAGUAUGAGUGGAUCUCUGAUCGGAUGCGGGAAUACGGCUAUGACAGGGAUAUGAAGCAGUGCCGUUUGCGUGCCAAAGAGCUUCGGCGAGGAUACAAGGCCAUUGUUUGUGGAAACAACUCCUCUGUGAGUGGCCAACGUGCCCUGCCAUUCUAUGAUUCCUUGAAUAGUUUCCUGUGCAUGCACAAAGGCCUGGUGGUAUCCAAAGUCUCCCUCUCCAUAGAUCGGAGGAAUCGAGAGGCACAAAAGCUGGGGCUGGAGCAGGAGAAAAACGAAAAACUAAGCGUCGUCCUCGUUUCCGACGACGAUGAAGCCUCCAUCCCAGAGCCUGCAGAUGACUCAAAUGGCUAUUUUCAAGACCCGCGGAUGGAUUCCGACCCCGUGAAUGCCCAAUCUCCAGAUGAUGAAUGGGAGCAGCACGGAGAAGACGACAUCCUGGCAGGUGAUGAGGCUUUGCCCCAUUUCCCCAGUGCUAGAGGAGAGAGCCAUUCGGCUGUCAAUUCAGGUGAAUUUUGAGAAUUCAACUCCUGUUUCAAAGAUCAUUGCCUUUGAGCAAUGUCACCUAGGUGGGUUAAGUUAAGAUGGUGGUUUGGGCUGAGCUUGAUUUCUUUUUUUUAAAAAAAAACCACCUCUGAGAUGUGCUGCGAGGACUCCACUUAUAUACUAGAAGCCUGUCCCUGUAAUCUAGGGAUUGGGAACCUGUGGUCCUCCAGAUGGCAAAUUCUACAAUGCCAAUAAGUCCCAGCCACCAUAACCCAAUAGUCAUGGAUAAUGGGAGUUGUAAUAAUGUAAUAAUGUUAUAAUGACCUGUAAUAAUGACAGGUUCCCCAUCCCUGUUGUAAUCCCAAAUGUAUGAGGUUUGGCUAUAGCUACUUAGUGAGGGGGGGUGGUCCACACAAAUGUCAGAGGUUGUCUCCUUAGCAUUGUUGGGCAUGCUCCAGAGCUAAGCCCUAGUGAACACUGGCUGAAAUUAAGAGAACCUAGAGCCAUCCAGAUGUUCCUGGGACUAUAGCUCCCAUCAGCCACAGCCAGCAUGGUCAGUGAUGAUGGGUUUUGUAGGCCCAACAGCAGCUGCGAGGCCACAGGUUCCUCUCUGCUUUUAAGUGUAGGCUGCUGCUGCUGUUUUAACUUCUUUUGGCAUCUGGUGUGCUGCUGGCCACCUGCAGAAUGCCACCAUUUUGUUAACUCCUACUGUCUUCCAUUGCAGGCCCAUCCAGCUCCUUCCCCAGGGGGCCCCUGGCCGACACUGACAGAGCGAGCAACCACUGGAGCAGGAAACAGAGGAAGCAACCCGACGCUGCCUCGGACCUCGUGGAUGCCAUAUCGCAAGUGGGCGACAGGCUAGUGUGCGCCCUGUCCAAUUUGCACUCGAGGCACAGGGAGACAUCUGAGCUUACGCAUGCCAGGGAGAGCAAUGCCCGCAAGGAGGAGCUGACCAUCCUCGCAAGUCACGUGGGCCAGGCCACCAAAAACAUGGACAAACUCAUCACUCUUAUGGAGACGUCGACCAGGCGGAUCGCAGAUGCCAUGGACAGGCAGACAGCUGCCUUGGAGAACCUGGCACGGUUGUUUGCCACCAGGGCGCCACCUCCUCCAGUGCCCUCCACAUCCCAAGGGCAGCCUCCGCAUUCCUCCCCAAGCACCUCUGUACUGCUCCCAUCAUCAUCAUCGCCGCCACCGCUGGCGCUGCACAAUGCUCCAAACGCUUUGGGGGCCCACCACGCCAGUGCUCCCAAAGCUCCAGAAUCACCAGCUCCUAGCGAGGCUGAGGAAUGCCAGCCAGAGAAAAAGAAAAUAAAAACAGAAGGCAACUAGUGGAAUCUCAUCAUUUGACAAUCCCUCAAACAUGCUUCUUUGCUCUCAUUGGGUAGACACUCAUCCUUAAAAAAACAAAACCAACUCCUUUGAGGGGGAAAGUCAGGAUGGUGGAAGCUGUAACAAAUCUCUCUUUUUUUUAAUGUAGCCAGAAUUUCAGUUUGAAGGUAUGUUUGCGUAGAAGAGGGAAGGAUGAGUUUUGCCUAGGAUGACAAAACUGUAGAGUUCACUGGCAUUCCACUGUUCUGUCCCUUGCUCCAUAUUCUGCCGCUUCGUUAUGCAAUCCGGACUGCAGUCCCGUGCACAGUUGCUAGGGAGUAAAGCCCCACUGAACUGUGUAAGUGUGGUUCAGAUCUAGGCUUAGGCCACAGAGAAGGUUGGUUCAAAAUCUCUGCUCAGCCCUGAAGUUGGUUGGUGGCCUUUGUCAGCUGCUGUUUUUCCUCUCUCCAAAUGGGCAAUACAAAUAAUCUGCACUGCUUGGUGGUUUUGAAGAUGAGCAAUUUAAAGACUGUGAAUCAUUGUGCACAUUGAAACUGAUAUAAAUGAGUAGAGAACAUUCUUUGUUGAUAUAUAACAUGUUGUUGUUAAAAUCAGUGAAAUGCACGGUGAGCGAUGGGCUCUUUUCCUCCCUUGUCUCAAUGAAACCAUGUCUUUAUUGGCAAACAAAAAUAGUCUUCAAAUACUAAAAUAGAACAUUUUUAAUGUGGUUGCGGCAGCUGCUCUUGCAAGAUCAAAGCCCAAGCUUGGUGGUUCUUUCCUUCACAGGUUAUAAGAAUGGGGAACCUCUGGCCCUCCAGAUGAUGUUGAACUACAACUCCCUUCAGCCCUAGCAAGUAUGACCAAUGGCCAGGGAUGAUGGGAGUUGUAGUUGAACAACAUCUGGAGGGCCAAAGCUCCCCACAGCUGGGCUACAGCUGGAGGAGGGAUAGACCUGAGUGCACAGAGCAAUGGUCUCCAUUUUGUAGCUCAUGCAGGAGAACAUGGGUUAGUAAGAGAAGCAAAGCAAACCUUUGGCUUUCAAAGAACUCCUUGCACUUGAUAGUUCUAUGAAACUCAUCUCCUCCCAACCACUAACCUUGUAGAGGAGAUCAAGGACUAAACAUCAGGAAGAACUUUUAUGACAGUAAGAGUUGUUUGACAUUGGAACAGUCUCCCUCAGGACAUUGUGGACUCUCCUUCAUUGGCGGUUUUUGAGCAGAGGUUGGAUGGCCCUUCUGUCAUGGAUGCAUGAGAUUCCUGCAUUGCAGGGGGUUGUACUAGAUGGCCUUUGGCAGAUCCCUUCCAACUCUAUGAUUCUGUGUCUAAGUCAGGGGUGGAGAACCUCCGGGGUUAAUCCUGCAGUGGUGGCACACAGCCUGCUCCCUGUCAAAAUUGGCCCUUGAGGACAAUCAUGGAGUCAAAAAGGUUCCUCACCCCUGAACUCAGGAUUUGUGUCUUUAGUGUUAGCCUGUCUGUUGUUUCUGGGCAGCACAGAAGGUGGGGGUAUGAGUGUGACAGCCAAAUCUUGCUUAACCCCAGCAUCUGGCACUCAGAGAGCCAGUGUGGUGUAGUGGUUAAGAGCAGUAGUCUUGUAAUCUGGGGAACUGGGUUUGCUUUCCCGCUCUUCCACGUGCAGCUGCUGGUUGACCUUGGGCUAGUCACACUUCUCUGAAGUCUCUCAGCCCCACUCAUCUCACAGAGUGUUUGUUGUGGGGGAGGAAGGAGAAUGUUAGCCGCUUUGAGACUCCUUCGGGUAGUGAUAAAGCGGGAUAUCAAAUCCAAACUCCUCCUCCUCUUCUUCAAAGCUUAUGUUGUCCCUGACCAUUGCUUGUGGAGAAAUCAGACUCCAUGAAUUUGUCUUCAAAGCCUUCAAGCUGGGGGCCAGUACUAUUUCUUGUGGUAGCGAGUUCCAUAAGUUAAUGUUGUGCAGAGUGAAAAGUACUUUUGCUCAUAAGCCCUGAAAUGUACCGACAAUCAACUUUGAUUAUGAUGCCAAUGUCUAGAUAUUGGAAGAAUGAAACGCUCUCAUCUCCCUUCCUAGUUGCCCCUUCCUCUCUCAUUCUUCAGGUGGGCAGCUAUGACUGCACAGAAAAAAGAUUAUUAGCCUCACAAACCAAUGCAGUUGGCCUGACAGAGGCGCACUGUGCAGGCUGGAAUUUCUCCCGUUACAAUUUCCUUUAUGGGGAAUGUAAAUUGUAUUAGUGCUCAGCUGCGACUGCAAAUACCUGCCUGCAGUCGCUGUGUGGAUGUGAGUGGGGAAAGGGAUUGACAAGAGUCCCAGUCCCCAUGAUGGCAAACAGUGCCAACUGACCUAGGUGAGGCUGAGUGUCCUCAUACAGUGGUACCUCAGGUUACAUACGCUUCAGGUUACAGACUCUAACCCAGAAAUAGUGCUUCAGGAUGAGAACAGAAAUCGUGCUCCGGCGGCGCGGCGGCAGCAGGAGGCCCCAUUAGCUAAAGUGGUGUUUCAGGUUAAGAACAGUUUCAGGUUAAGUACAGACCUCCGGAACGAAUUAAGUACUUAACCUGAGGUACCACUGUAUUUGAAAGCGCUGUGCACCACCACCCCAGGUGAAGGGCACAUUGAUUCCUAAACAAAGUAUGUGGUUGUUGCAGACAAGCAACCCAUUUUUUAAAAAAUGUGUAUUAGGGAACUAGAGGCCUGCAUCCAAAGAUUGGGCUGGUUAUUUCAGCCUUGCAACUAAGGCCCCAAAUAUUACUAGCCUGUUAAGGGGCUAGCAGCUUCUGUUUCCACGACGGCCACAGAGAAGGAGCCCUACCUCCUCUUGGCAUGCUGAGAGAGAGGGAAGAAUGCCUUCUACGAAGCAGAUUGUGCCAGCCUGCUACAUUUUCAGGAAGGCCAUGAAGGAAGGAACAAAGUAGACAGCAUCAAAAUGCCACAUAUCCUGUAGUGUGGGGCUCACGGAAGUUGCGAGUAAAAGGUGUGUGAGAGAGUAUUGCCAAUACAUUCUAAGCGCAUAUGCUAUUGAAGAGGCACUGCCACUUUUCACUGAAAAGUGCAGAGUGCUCUUGUUUCUCAAUGCCUAGUUGUAACUGGGAUCUUUACUGUAGAAGAUCAGGGUUAUGCUUCACCUAAGUAAUACUAAUUUUGUUUUGUUUUGUUUUGUUUUGUUUUUUUAAAAAAAGCUCUCGACAUUUUUUACAUGGCUACCCUACCAAUAAAGUUGGAUACUAAAA